AUGAGAUUUUCCAACACUUUGAGGGCAAACCAAGUCGAUGAGUGGAAGGAUAAUUAUGUAUCCUAUGAAACCCUCAAACCCCUGUUGAGCCAGGAUAGAGAGGAGUUCAAAACUCGGAUUAAUGGUGAGCUUCGGAAGAUAAACGAUUUCUUUUUUCUACUGGAAAAGAAGGCUAUGCUUGAAAAGGAGGAGAUAUUUGCCGAUGCCGGGGUAUCCCCUGAGGAAAAGUCUCCAAAGGACCCUGGAGUGAGAAUAAGGGAUUCACAAAAGAAAGCCAUGUGUUUAAGUGACGACUAUGGCAUGGGGAGGGAUGACCAGCAGGAUCGGCUAAGGGUCAAGUCGGAUAUGAAGAUGGAGCUUGAUGAGGAAGGAGAUGAUGAGGAUUCCAAAGGGUCGAGCACAUCCUCGGAAGAUAGGAACAGUAGAUUUGAGUAUUUGAUUAAGAAGGUAAGGAAAGGAACAGACGAAAAGGGCAUUGGAGAGAUAUUCAAGAUCUCCAAGCGUUUGGAAAGAAGAAGAAGGGAGAAGAAUAUACAAGAGUUUCUUCAUGCGGUGAUCAGCAUCAAAAGGUUUAGGGAGUUGAACUACACAGGGCUAAUGAAGCUAUCAAAGAAAUACGACAAGGCGUAUCCUCAGGAAAGAUUUCAUGAGCAUUUUUCUAGAAAUGUUAAUGAGUCGUACUUCAACAAAUCCUCGCGGAUUGACGACAUAUACAGGUCUGUAAAAGAACUCUACAGAAGCGUGUUUGCGAAAGACAACCCAGCCAAAGCAAAGACGGUAUUCAAGAAAUUAAGGGUCAAGACCAAAGCAGACCCCCUUAUCUCUUAUGUGUCUGGUGCACUGGGAGGGAUAUCUCUUGGGAUGAUGGGGCUAAUUAACUUUGGGAAGAGCCAGAUGGAUAAGGAGCUGUUUUUUUCUAUGGUACUUCUACAGUACGGGGCAUUUCUUUUUGGAACAUCUCUCGUUAUAUUCAAAAGAUUCCACAUAAACUACAAGUUUAUUUUCAACUUCGAUAUGUGCUCGUCACUGACUUCAGAUAAGUAUCUAUUUCUGGUUUCCCUCUCGAUAUUUGCUAAUGUGGUUGGAACAUGGAUCAAUAUUUCCUUUUUGCAUCUUAAUCCAUAUUAUCUACUUCUGGGCCAUCUCCUUAUAAUUUUGAUUCCAUUUAAAGUACUCCACUACGAGUCGAGGUUCUAUCUUCUUCUUAUCGUGUUUAGAAUAAUUGUGUUUCCUAUGUCGUUUGUCAGAUUCAGGCAUUUCUACUUUGCAGAUGUUGGCCAGAGCUUUACGCCUUGCUUCAAGAAGAUAUUCUUCUGCGGGAGGCAUCUCAAUUGGAAGGUAGAGGGGUAUGCCAACUCUUUCUUUGCAAUAAUAAGGUUCUUGCAAUGUAUUAGGCGUUAUAGAGACACCCGUCUUAAGUUUCCGCACAUUGCAAAUGCCCUUAAGUACUCCUUUGCCAUCCUGACUGGAUUUUCUAUUCCUUUAUAUGCGACAAAAAGAACAUGGGAAUUGUUUGUCUAUAAGAUGAUGGUUAUCACCAUCUCAUCGAUAUACUCUGCCACUUGGGAUCUAUUUAUGGACUGGGGCAUUAUCCGAAGCAAGAUGAUAUAUCCGAGAUGUACGUAUAGCUGCGGAAUAGUAUUCAAUGUGCUGUGUAGAUUUUCGUGGGUAUUCUUUUAUUGGUUUGAGAUCCCAGUGUUCUGGAUAGUAUUCCUGGAAAUAACCCGGAGAUUUGUAUGGACAAUCUUCAGAGUGGAAUUUGAACACCUUAACAACUGUAGCGAGUUCAAGUCAAAGGACUCGAUGCUUCUUACGUCCAGAGAACUCUUCUACAAGCGAGAUUACCAGGCCGAUGGUAGACCCAAUGAUACAGAAACAGAAAAUGAUUCAAGUGUUGCCUAG